AUGGAUCGGAUUGACAAAUACAAAAGAGUGGAAGAAGACCAACUACAAGGGAAAGGAAAGGAGAAGAUCAUCCCUCACAAAAGGAAUGAUUUCAGGUCAGAACGAUACAACAAUAACCAUCUGAGAAGAGAUUUUGCAGGGCAAUUUGGAUUAGCCAACACGCAAAUGGUUAACGCCGUAUUCAGAGAACCGGUACAACAGGUUUUGGAGAAAGUCAAGAAUGAGCCAUUCUUUAAGUGGCCGAAUAAGAUGGCCGGAGACUCCUCAAAACGCAACCAGAGUCAGGUGAACCAAGAACCCCGGAGAGACAUAUCUUUAAGACCUCCCAUAGGUACGAUAAAUGUCAUUCUUACUGCUCCGAGAAGAACCGGCUCUUUUCCCUCCAGAGUAAUGUCUGUGGCUCGGCUCUCCACCGAGGACAACGAUCGGGAAUCCAAAAGAUCUAAGAAGGGAGCCUUACUUGUGCUGGGAUUCUCGGACGAGGAUAAGAUUGGAACCAUCCAACCCUAUGACGAUACUUUGGUAGUUACACUUAGGAUUGGGGGGUUUGACGUGAAGAGAGUACUGGUAAACCAGGGCAGUGCUGUGGAAGUAAUGUACCCUGAUCUGUACAAAGGGCUGAACCUAAAGCUUGAGGACCUAACAACAUAUGAUUCCCCUUUGGUAAGUUUCGAAGGGAAGACUGUUACACCAAGGGGACAGAUCAGACUGCCCAUACAGACCAGUUCAGACAUGGUGGAGGUGGAUUUCAUUGUGGUCGACGCCUACUCGCCAUACACAGCCAUAGUGGCCAGACCUUGGCUUUACGCCUUAGGAGUCGUUUCUUCUACACUUCACUAG